GGCGCCAUUAAUGCAACUAGACGGUGUAUUCUCUGUCUGACCCAAUCGUGAGACCAAAGGCACCCGAGCCGCUGGAGUGCGAUACGCAAGAAGUGAGGCGCGACUCCUCCUAUUCCAACAGGAAGAUACAAGCCGUCCUCUAUGUUGGCUUAUCUGCACUCGGAUCUCCACCUACAACGGCGAACGCAAGCUACACGAAUUCGCGAAUGGAGAGAGAUGUCGGAUAAGGCUCGUCAUGAUGCAACCAUGCGAGCGUUCUGUGACACGUUCGAAAAGGGCGCAGUACAGACGAUGAUCGCGAAGCGGCCGAUCCUGGAAGCGGCGUCCGAUGGCGAGGUGAGGCGAGUAGCAUCGUUGUGCAAUGCACAUCAAGAGGAACGCUCAGAAGCUAAGAGAGCAUGGAAACAGUGCAGAAGGACUAGGAAUAGGCAUAUCAACUUUGGCUUUGUCAACAAAAGUAUCAACUCGGACAAUCGUGUGCCAACGUCGACAGUCUUCUCCGUUUGACCUAGUUGCCUGUGGGUCGAUAUUUACAGCAGUUGUAGCAUAGUGCGUGCCAUAGCUGAGCAUC